AUGGCUGUUCGGGAGAGAAUUUCUCCCUUCAUGAGACAAUGCUUCGUAACUGCGGCUGUGGGGUUGAACAUAAUCAGUUUCGGCUGCGUGAUCGGCUUCCCGGCGAUACUGCUGCCGCAGCUGACCGGCUCGGAGCUACGGCUCAGCAAGGAGCAGGAGUCGUGGUACGCGUCAGUCCUGCCGCUCAGCGUGCUUACCGGCAACUUCCUGACGCCGCCCAUCAUGGACCGCUUGGGGCGGAAGACCACGCAUUAUGCACUCACGGUCAUCUCCUUAGUCGCCAGCUACGUCACUAUUAUGGCUACUAGCUUUGAAGCCUUAAUGAUUGGCAGGUGCUGCCAAGGACUCUCUGGAGGCCUCCUCACCACACUGCGGUCAGUCCUCAUCGGAGAAUACACGAGUCCUAAGAACCGAGGAGCGUUUCUCACAACUGUAUCCUUAAGUCAAGCAUUCGGAGUAUUCUUCGUCCAUCUUCUAGGCUCUUUCUUGAGUUGGCAAAAUACUGCUUUAGUCUGUGUUUUCCUACCUUUCAUAAGUCUCAUUAUGGUUAUAUAUAAACCAGAAUCUCCUAGCUGGUUGCUCAGGAGAGGGAGAUACCACGAAUGUAGGGAAGUGUUUCGAUGGCUGAGAGGUUACGAAGAAGAAGGAGAACUAUCUGAGAUGAUAGAAGCGAGAUUAGCGUAUGAGCGAGCAGAGAUCAAGGACUCUUACGACAAACAGAAUUGGUUCAGAAAACUGAUUUCCAUUAUAGGAAAAAGAGAGUUUUAUAAACCCAUUAUAUUGAUGAUAAUAAGUAAUGUAUUGAUGCAUAUUUCAGGGGCGUCUACUUUCGCUCCAUACGCAACAUUAAUUUUGGGUUUACUGAUGGGACCAAACGCGAAUGCCUAUUUCUGGAUGGUAUUUUUAGAUUCGCUGAGACUUGUGUCCAAUACUUUAGCAGUUUAUGUAAUUAAUAGGGUUAACAGACGUACUAUGGUGUUAGCUACAGGCUUGUUAUCGCUAGCCAGUCAUGUGGCUAUAGCUUACUACGUUUACUUCAAACAAAACGGAUGGAACUACGAAGGGGUUUGGCUGCCGGCUUUGCUGAUCAAUUUACAGUUUGUGGCGGUAGGUAUGGGCAUGGUGCCAAUGCCUCAAGUGAUCGGUGGGGAGAUUUUCCCCUUGGAAUACCGAAGCACGGGUGGAACGAUUAGUAUGGCUACAGGGGGUGGUGUUAUGUUUCUGGCAUUGAAAACUUUUCCAGAUCUAAUAGAUAAAACUGGUCUACAUGGCACGUACGGAUUGUAUGCAGUGAUAAUAUUAGUGAACUUGGUCAUAAUGAUGAUGUGGCUACCGGAGACCAAAGGUAAAACUCUCCAGCAGAUCGAGGAUGAGCUACGCGGGAGACCUCUGAAAGUGGAGGAGAUUCAAGCAAGGGAGUCACUACAGUCUAACCCUAUUGUCAUGUAUAAGAGAAAAUUGUCUGAAAUACAUUGCAGUACCACCAAUAUUGCAUAG